AGAAAAACGAAGGGCGAGAGACACAACGUGAGAAGGAGGAGAGAGAGAAACCAAAAGAAACACAGUCAGGAUGUGUGAGCUGAACACAACCCAUUCAUCUGCAGAGCUCGGCCGCCAUGUCUAAAGCGACGGUGAAGAAGCUGCACUGGCGCUCCAAGGUGCAGGAGAGCUUCGUCCCGCUGGGCGGGGGCUCAGGAGAGCUGGGUCUGGCCAUCGGGGGCGGGGCCGACUACGGCGAGUUCCCGUUUGUCACGGCAGCCCCUGGGGGCGGCGCCACGGUGGGCGACAUCAUCUUAGAGAUCGGGGGGACGCCCGUGUUAGGGAUGACCCUCGGUGAUGUCAGAGGAGUUCUCAACUCCUGUCCUCAUCCAAUCAGAAUCAAGACUGUCUCACCAGGUGAGGGGACAGGGUCGUCCCUGUGUAAGGACCUCAGGUUGUACCUCAGCAAGUGUUUCACUCCGGGCUCCAUGGACAGUCAGCUGCAGCAGCUCAUCAGAGAGAACCUGUACCUGCGCGCUGUGCCGUGUACAACCAGGCAGCCUCGGGAUGGGGAGAUCUCAGGUGUGGACUACAACUUUGUGUCCAUCGAGGAGUUCUUCUCUCUGGAGGAGUCAGGAGCUCUGCUGGAGAGCGGCAAGUUCAAAGGGAACUACUACGGGACGCCCCGCCCUGUCCACAUCGGUCCAGAGAGUCCACCAAUCACGUACCAGGAACAUCGAAACCUGCUGAGGAACUUCAGGACACGGAGCAAAUCUCUGAGUAACCUGGAGAAAGCUGUGGAGGAGGGAGACAACAGUGAGGAGGACAGUGGACUGUCUGCAGGUUCAGCCGGAGCUCCACCCACCACCCUGCCUCUCAGCCAAUCGUGGGAGUCGACGGUGGGGCAUCGUGAGGGAGUGGAGAAUGGAGGAGGAGGAAGAGGAGUGGGGAGAGGGAGAGGAAGAGGAGGAGGAGGAGGAGGAGCAGGUCCACUGCCUGAAAACUGGGAACUGGCCUUCAGCGAAUCAGGAGAGCCGUACUACAUCGAUCAUAACUCAAAGACGACCAGCUGGCUGGAUCCUCGAACUCAGAACAAAGAGACGACUUCCUGUACAGAACUCCCAGAGUUCACCGAGCAGCCCGGUCAGUUGAAGGGUUACUCCAUCCACACCCGACUCUCUAAAGGCCCUCGAGGUUUCGGCUUCAACAUCGUUGGAGGAAGUCGACCCCGAGAGUUUCUUCAGGUGUACAGUGUCACACCUGGAGGACCGCCUGCUCUCAAUACAGCGGACAUCCUGGUCUACAUCAACGACACCUGUGUGCUGGGUCGCUCUCAUAAAGAGGUGGUGGAGAUGCUGAAGUCGGUGCCUAUGGGUCAGAGUGUGGACGUGGUGCUGAGGAGAGGAUACCCGAUGCUCUACAACCCCGACGGGUGUCCCAAACAGAGUCUGGACACGCAGCCGCAGACCCCCAGCGAGCCCUCCAACCCCCCCAAUCUGAACCGAGGCCUGACACACCUCACCUACAGCCGAACACUGGACGCCAACGGCAGCACACCAGGACUGGGCCAAACCCCGCCCUCGUAUGCUGCUCAGCCAAUGACGAACGGGCUGACAGACCUGCCCACCCCCGCUUCCUCCGACCCCCCACUGGGUCCCCCGCCCCUGCCAGAGAAAACAUCAGUCAGUCAUAGCGAUUCUGAUGGCGUCCUGUCCAACGCUGGAACUCGAAGGUCUUCCCUGAUUCGCUACAACAGCAGCACUCUCCCUGCCCUCUCCUCCUCCUCCCUCCUCCACCGUCAGAGCUCGAAGUCUUCAGAGAGCGAUCUCUCCACGUCCACACUCCCCAUCACAUCCUCGUCCUCCCAUGCUCUGUCCAAACUGCCCCUCUCUCAGCCUGAGACGGGCCUCCUCCAAAACUCCAGCAGCCCCACCAGCGCUAGCAACCCCCCCUCCUCCUCCACACCUCCGGGAGCUCCUGUGCAGCGCCCACCGAUGCCCCAGACUUCUCUCGCUCUGACCCCCCCGAGAGACAUCCCACCCUGCGGCUUUAAUGGGUGUCCAGCCAGUCACCAAGCUCCCUCCCCAGCCUCCCGAGGAAACUCAGGGCUGGUGCUCCCCCUUGGGGCACCGUCGGCAGCAUCGGGCCCUGGUGGGGAGCUUGUGCCGGUGGCCCUGGGAUGCAGUGAGGGUGGCGGGCUGGGGUUCAGUGUAACAGCGGGGGGCCAAGGGGGUCAGCUGGUGGUGGUGAGGCGGGUCUGGGAUCGAAGGCAGUGUCCCUCACUGCAGCCGGGCGACGCUAUAGUGAAGAUCAACGGAGCAGAUGUACAGAGCCUCAGCUUCUCCCAGGUCCAGAGAGUCCUGCAGGAACACACCAAACAGGGAGAGGUGGUGCUGCUGGUCUACAGAGGAGGCCCUGUCUCCUCUCCAGUCGUCACCCCCAACAUCUAUAAGUCCCUCCCCACCCCUCAUGGCCCGACCACCCCAUCUUCCUCCCACCCCUCCACUUCAACUGACUUGCCUUCCCCGUCCACGGGUGCCUUGGUAGGGGGCGUUCCACCCCUCAGCCAGGCCGGCUUGGCCCUCGAGAGUCCGCAGGAGGGCCACCCUCUGGCUCCAGGGACCCACCAAGGGGCACCUCCUAACCAGACGCCUAAUGGGCCCCCGGCCGUGGCCCUCAUCCAGAGCACCAGCUUCCUGGAUUCAGUUCCUGUGACCUUGACCUUAGAGCCACGUGAUUUGAUGGGAGUGGAGGAGAGUGCUGGUGGGCCUCCUCCAAACCGAGGAGGAGCAACACUGGGAGCAGUCGCCAAGGACGGGAGGGGGGGAGCAAAGACAGUGGAGGUGGAGCUGAGGAGGCGGCCCGGUGAAGGCUUUGGAUUCGUCAUCGCCUCUCAGGAAGUGACCAGUGGGGCCCCCUCCUUGAUGUCUCACCGGUUCGUGACGGUGCGGCGUGGCAGCCCGGCGGCUCGCAGCGGGCAGAUUCAGCCCGGAGACCAGCUGGAGGCGGUGGAGGCUCGGCCCGUCGGAGGCCUGCAGCACCGAGACCUGGCCCAGAUCCUGAGGAGGGCGGGGAACACCCUGAGACUGAGCAUCACACCCAGACACCACGCCUCCUCUCUGUCAGAAGGAGCAGACUUGGACAUCGACGGCCGACUGCUGAAAGGAUCCAGAGGGAGGUCAAAGGACGACCCGAGGUUCUACAGCGUGGAUCUGGAACGAGGUCCUACAGGAUUCGGUUUCUCUCUGAGGGGGGGCAGCGAGUACAACAUGGGGCUGUAUGUACUGGGACUGAUGGAGGGGGGGCCGGCCCAACGCAGCAACAAGAUACAGGUGUCUGACCAGCUGGUGGAGAUAAACGGAGACAGCACAGCAGGGAUGACUCACAGUCAGGCCGUGGAGCAGAUCAGACGGGGGGGCCAUCGAAUCCACCUCAUCCUCAAGAAAGGAAACGGAUACGUUCCCGACUACGGCCCUGAGGAAGGAGCCAUCCUCCCCUCCCCCUCCUCACACACAGAGGAGCAGGCUGUGGAUACGGUUACCAUGACAACAGCCUCCCUCAGCCGGCAGAGAGGAGGAGGCGGUAAAGGAGGAGGAGAGAGGAGGAUGAAGAGGAGAGAGGGAGAAACCAAACGAAGAACAGGAGGAGGUGGGUUAGGGCCUCCUGAUCUGGACCUGGACCUGGUGGAGGAGGAGGCACGGGAGGAGGAGAGGAGGAGGGAAGAGAAGGAGGAGGAGAGGAGGCAGCAAGAGGAAGAUGCAGAGGAGGAAAGGAGGAGAAGGAAGGAGGCAGAGGAGGAGAGGAGGACAACACAGACUGUAAGGCAGAAGAAGCGGGAUGACCAGAGGGAGCAAGGGAGGAGGACCCAGAGCUUACCCAGGAACAGUGCUCGAUCCUGGGACAUGUCGCUGCUGGAGCAGGGGGUAGACGUGCUGGAGUCAGAGGGGGGAGUGAGGGAGAGGAGGAGGAGGAGGAGGAGCGAGACGAAUAGCAGGAGGAGGGAGAGAGAGGCCAACAGAGAGGAGGAGGCGGCGAGAGGGGACAAGAGGGAGGACAGAGACGACAGAGACGACAGCACCACCUACCCCGCAAAGGAUUCUGGGAGUUCGGGUGCAGCUCAGAGAGCGGCGUUUUCCUUCCUCAUGCCGAUGGACGAGCACGAGCUGUCCGACAGCGAAUCAGCAGCCAGCUUCUCAGAGGUCAGCCUAUCAGCAGCCAGCAUUGCCACAGCGGAGUGGAGGGAGGAUUCUCUCUGGAGGGGCCGGUCGUUGUGGCGACAGGGGACCGCCCCGGGCCCCUGGCUGAAGCCCAGCCCACAGAAACUGACACAGGUUCUGACUGGCAGUCGGCUCAGUGGGCAGGAACUGCCGGAUGGGCUCUCUCUCUGAUUGGUCAGCAGUGAGGACGAUCCUUUUUUUUACUGGAUCCCUUUUUUUCAAUUGGCUACUUAUAAGGGCUUUCUUUGAUUGGCCUGCUGAGGGAAGACCCGCCUCUUCCUGCAUCUCAUUGGAUAACAGA